GGCUAACACUAUUUAAAUCAACCAGAGUGUGAUAUAAAAUGAAGCAUUGUGUCCUGGAUAUGCAUGUUUUCAUGUGUGAUGCUCUGGAAUUUGUGUAUGCAAAUGAAUAAGAGGAGCUAUAACAGAUCGAAACCCUGCAACAGAAAUGAGUCCUUAUUUUCAGUUGAGCUGUUUAGGUUCUGGACAUGAUUUUGCAGAGAGAACCGCUGAUAUGAAACCUCUCUACUUUUUGGUUCUGCUGAUCUUUGGAGCUGUACCUAAUGAUGGUUGUAAUGCAACAGAAGAACAGAUGGGUAAAACAAAUAUCACCUGCAAUGUCACGACUUGUGAAUCAGCUGAAACGCUUGCAUUUAUACCCAACAUGGAUGUAACAAGCCGAACAAAACUACAAAAGACAUGCCGCACAUCAGACAAAUACAUCAGGGCAGAGAAAUACUACAUCCAUCAGCUCAUUAACCUAUGUUUUGAAGGGCCAAACACAACCUAUGAUUACGAGAACUUUAAAAUGACCGUAGUUAAGAUGAAUAUGAUGAACGCCACGGAUGGCAGGCUUGUAAAGAUCUCUGCUCCGAAGCUGUCUGAUGAUGAUCCACCAAUAGAUAUAUUCAUCCCUAGUGAACCUUUUCUGAAUAUCUCAGUGGAGCAGUACAAACUUGGUAUAGUGACAUAUCCCUCAGCUCAACAGUUUAUAAAUGACCCAAACAUUCAGCUGAAGUCUAAAGUCAUUCGCGUUGAAUCUUUCGGAUGUGAGAUCAAGAACUUGUCCAGUCAACUUGUUAUCAAUUUUCCAGUGAACAGCAGUGAAAUAAUACGUGGAAACUAUAAACUGUCAUGUCGGUUCUUUGAUGAAACAGUGCACAGGUGGAAAGAAGUGAGGUCUGACACUAACCUGGAGAACAGCAACAACACUGUAAACUGCUCAUAUAAUCACAUGGCCCUCUUCGCUGUAUUUCAGAAGCGGACCUGUAAUAGUCACAUAGAUGAGAACAUUUUUCACUUCAACAGCAUAGAAUUGAAAUUUGAAGAGAAUCUUACUGCAUUACUCUGUACCUGGGGAGGCUCCCAGUGUUAUGUAGAGUGCACCUCUGUCAAUCUCACCGCAAACAUAACGGCCGUGAAAAACGUAACAAGUCUGACUAACACAACUACAGGUCAAAACAUAACUCAACUGGACAUCAGGAUGGGUGAGAGAUCGACCACAUGUAACGUCACAAAGUGUGAAUCAAGUGAAAUGAGUACAUUUAUCAACACAAUGGACUUAACGAGACUAAUUAAAGCACAAAAGAUGUGUAAUAAACCAUUUACCUCAGAAGUAUACCUCAAGAAAGAGAAAGAGUACAUCGAUCAGCAGAUCAACUUUCCAUGUGAAGGGUCAAGCUGUACCUAUCACCACGAGAAUUUUACCAUGACUGUUUUUAAGAUGAAAGAGUUACAGAGCAACAUGGAUUAUGGGAGAGUAAAGAUGUCUGCUCCAAAGUGGUCUGAUCAGGAUCUACCCAUAGAUGUAUUCUUCCCGGAUGAAUCAUUUAAUCGUUCAAAUGAGGAUUUCCGUGUCGGUAUAGUGAGAUACGGAUCUGCUGAAAAGUUUAACAAUAACUCAAACACUGAGUUGAAGUCCCAGGUCAUUCGUGUUGAAAUCGUAGGAAAUGAGCGCAAGAACUUGACCAAAGAGCUUGUUAUCAUUUUUCCAGUGAGCAAUAUCAUAGAAAAUGAUGAACGCUAUAACCUGUCAUGUAUGUUCUAUGAUGACGAAGAGCACAAGUGGGACACCAUGGGGUCUUUCACCAAGUUGAAUUUUACCAGCAAGACCGUAAACUGCUCAUAUAAUCACAUGACCCCCUUCGCUGUAUUUCAGAAGGAAAACCGGCCUUGUAUUACCCACACAGUUAAUACUACUCAGUGCCUUUUAACCUAUGACCACGAAGAAUUGAAUAUUCAUGAGAAUCUUACUACAUUACUCUGUACCUGGGGAGACUCCCAGUGUUAUGUAGAGUGCACCUCUGUCAAUUGUACCACAAACACCACAGGUGUGAAAAACUUGCAAAAUCAAAGCAUCUCGGCUCUAAGCAUGAGACUUUUCUUCAAUAUAAAUGAGCAAAGUGUCACAUGUAAUGUCACGAAGUGUGACUUCGACGAAAUAAAUGCAUUGAUAAGAACUUCAUCCAGCUCUCAGAACCUGAGGGACUUAAAAAGAACAGGGUGGAUAUAUAAAAUGUGUGUAAAGUUGGCGUCUGAUAGCAGAUUUAAAAAUACAUACAUCAGUGCAGAGAAAAAGUACAUCGAUUUCCUCAUCGCCUCACCAUUUGAUGGAACAUCCAAGAAUUAUGACCUAGAGGAAUUUAACAUGACUGUAUUCAAGAUGAACACCACAGAUCUCGGGCUUGUACAGAUCUCUGCUCCAACGGUGCCUACUAAUCGUCUUCCUUUGGAGGUUUUUGUCCCUACUGAAGCUUUUAAAAAUGUCCCUGUGAAACAGCACAGAGUUGGCAUAGUGACAUAUCCUUCUGCCACUCAGUUUAUGGAUAGCGACACCCAGAUUAAGAGCAAAGUCAUUCGUGUUGAAGCGGCUGGACAUGACAUUACGGACUUGUCCACUCGACUUGCUAUCAACUUUACACUGAACUACAAUGAAAAAAUACCUGAAAACUAUACCCUGUCUUGUCAGUUCUACAAUGAGAAGGUGUACCAUUGGGAAAAAACGGGGUCUUUUACAGACCUGGAGAACUUUAACAGCAGCAACACAGUAAACUGUUCGUAUGAUCACAUGACCCCCUUCGCUGUACUUCUGGCUAAGCCAGAUUUGGAUGCUAAGCAGUGGAAAAUCCUGUCCGCUGUUAGUUACAUAGGUUGUAGUCUUUCGUCGUUUUUCUCAGCAGUCACCAUCUUCCUCUACACCUUCAUGAAGACCUCAGACAGAGACACUUCCAUUCGUAUCCAUGUUUCUCUGAGUGUGGCCGUUUUCCUCCUCAACACCAGCUUCUUGUUCACUGAAUGGGCAGCCACGUGGCCUGAACCCGGUGCAUGCGUCUUUAUAGCAGUGAUAAUACAGUACAGCCUCCUGUCCUGUUUCUCCUGGAUGGCCAUUGAAGCAUUACACUUGUACUUGCUUCUAAUCAAAGUGUUCAACACCUACAUCAAGCUCUACACGAUCAAGCUGUCACUGUUUGGAUGGGGAGUGCCUGCUGUCCUUGUUGGAGGAAGUCUGUGUGUUUAUAAAAGCACACAUUUUUAUGGCACCAGAGAAAUAAAAUUCAUAGACACAAAUGAAACAACAGAAUUCUGCUGGAUUGUUGAUGAUCACUUUCUGUAUGGCAUGAACAUCACCUACUUCUCCAUAACCUUCCUGUUCAACACGUCCAUUUUGGUGGCAGUGACGCGUCAGAUUUUUAAGCUCCGGUGCUUGAACGUCAGAGGCAAAAAGCCUCUAUCUCGUAAGGACAUUUGCACUGUCCUGGGCCUAACCUUACUGCUGGGAAUGACAUGGGGCUUGGCUUUCUUCAUGUCAGGACACACAAACUACCCCAUUCUUUACCUCUUCUGUAUCUGCAACACCCUGCAAGGCUUGUUUCUGUUCCUGUGGUUUUACAGCACAAUGAAGAGGAACAGGAAACUGGUGACACGGUCCUCAACCAUGUCUGAACCGAUCAGUGCUCCAGUCAAGAAUAUCGAAAGUAGCUUUUCUUACUGAUUACGUGUCAUUUAGUGGCGUUGUGAUUACACUUCACACUAAUUAGCUAUCCAGACAUGAACAGAAACAAGACUGCUCAUUUUGUGGAAAUGAGACGUUAACACACUUAUUUCUGUUCCUGUGAAAUCCUUCAGAAAUUUUGCUCCAAUUUGUCAAUUCAUUUGGAUGAAUGUUCUUUUAUUGCACAGUUCUUUUAAUUUACAAGCUAUAAGUCAUUUCUUACUCCACAAAUCUUUUGAGUUAACUACUAAUACAAAUUGUGGUAGAUUCCUAAACCACUAUAAGCUAUGUUUUGAUGUUUUGUUAUUAUUAUUAUUAUUAUUAUUAUUAUUAUUAUUAUUAUUAUUAUUAUUAUUAUUAUUGAUGGGGUAUAAGCCACUUUCCUCUACUUAUUAUUUGAUUUAUUCAUGUAUUUAUUCUGUUUUCACCACUGUUGUUUACAUGUUAUCAUGUUCUUUUUAUAAGAUGUUUGUACAGUAACAAUUCCGUUUCUACAAAAAAAAAAGAAACCAGAAACAAGUAAUGCAAGUUAUUAAACCCGACCUAUGACGAGUUUCAUAAUCAGUUGCACAGUUCACUUUUUUUCGGCUGUGAGCGACUGAGUUCCUUUUACAAAAGGAAAAGACGCACAUCGUUUUGGAGAACCCAUUGUGUGUGUAUAAUAUGUAUAAUGAUCCAGUAGAUUUUAGACGGAGUACUUCUUCAUCUUUUAAUUCUCCAUCACCUCUACACUUAUCUGAUAUUACCGGAUAUUAUAGGUUUUGAUAUAAAGCACUCUUAUUCUUAAACUAGCAGAACUUUUGUCUUGUUUUGUAUUUGUACAAAUGAUCAUACCGCUCUCUUCUAGUAUGUUAAAGUGAUGCUGGGUUUCUUUGAGCUUAUAUCAGAGAAUCCCCUCUGCUGGCCAGAAGUGACAUUGGCGUUGUGGAUGUGGAGGGAUUUACCGAAUAUUCAGAGCAAUAUGAAUUUCAUCAUUUUGCAGUGUUUUAAACAAGGUUAAACAUAGGCAGUCCAAUAUAAACUCUAAUUUAGAUACAAUUGUAAAUGCAAGCACAAGAGAAUGAAUUUGAAUUUAUUUUUAUUUUUAAUGUCAUGAUUU